GCCGGCUCGACUUGGUGCCGGUCGCUGAGGGCUGGCACGCGCCGCCGGGUCCCGGAGUAAAUAAAGGAGAGUCUCCCCGAGCCGCGUAAAUAGAGUCGAAGUGGGCGGGGAGCCGCCCGACGCCGCCUGCUCGCCCAUGUCGCUGCCGAGCCAAGUGUCCGGCCGCCUGGCACAGCUGCGCGCGGCGGGCCGGCUUCUGGUCUCCCCGCGCUCCUGGCCCGGCCGGUCGGCGGGUGCCGCGCGGACCCGCAGCAGUGCUUGCGUGGCCCCGGCGGCGCUGACCGCGCAGGGUCCCCGCGCGUGGCCCCCUGCGGGAGUUGGGGCGUGGGGGGCGGCGGCGGCGGCAGUGGGGCGGAGAGCCGGGGUGCGCACCUGGGCCCCCCUGGCCAUGGCGGCGAAGGUGGACCUGAGCACCUCCACCGACUGGAAGGAGGCGAAAUCCUUUCUGAAGGGCCUGAGUGACAAGCAGAGGGAGGAACAUUACUUCUGCCGGGACUUCGUCCGUCUGAAGAAAAUCCCCACAUGGAAGGAGACAGCAAAAGGGGUGGCUGUGAAGGUGGAGGACCCCAAGUACAAGAAGGACAAGCAGCUGAAUGAGAAGAUCUCUCUGUUCCGUGGAGACAUCACCAAGCUGGAGGUGGACGCCAUCGUCAACGCUGCCAACAGCUCCCUGCUUGGAGGUGGAGGUGGGACGCAAGGAGCCCCACGGUUCACUCUCCCCUCUCCCGCAGUGGACGGCUGCAUCCAUCGUGCUGCUGGACCCCUGCUAACUGACGAGUGUCGGACUCUGCAGAACUGUGAGACCGGCAAAGCCAAGAUCACCUGCGGCUAUCGGCUGCCAGCCAAGUACGUCAUCCACACGGUGGGGCCCAUCGCUGUCGGGAAGCCCAGUGCCAGCCAGGAAGCUGAGCUGCGCAGCUGCUACCUGAGCAGCCUCGACCUGCUGCUGGAGCACCGGCUCCGCUCCGUGGCGUUCCCUUGCAUCUCCACCGGUGUGUUUGGCUACCCCAGUGAGGCGGCGGCGGAAGUAGUGCUGGCCGCGCUGCGGGAGUGGCUGGAGCAGCACAAGGACAAGGUUGAUCGGCUCAUCAUCUGUGUGUUCCUUGAGAAAGAUGAGAACAUCUACCAGCAACGGCUGCCCUAUUACUUCCCAGUGGACCAGCCUGAGCCUGAGGGACCUCGCUCCCAGCUCUGAUGUCUCCGAGGCCUGCAGCUUUUCUCAGCCUGACCACUGGAUGAGGACACUCAUGGCUCAGAGACACUGAAGGACCUGCCAAGAAGACAGCUGCUGAGUGGCAAUCUGGUCUCAGUCCAGAGCCUGAACACCUCAAGAACUAACAAUGAGGUGUUCCCCCAACACCCUACACCAUCUCAGAGACUAGACUAGCAAGAAGCAGUCUGAAGCAGGCAACCUCCUGGCCCUCUGGCCAGACGCCCACCUUGAUUUUCUGUUGGUAGAUGUUGUCAUCCUCAGCAUACUCUUUGUAUAGGACUGAGAGCUCCAGCCUCUCUGACACCAGCGGGUUCUGCACAGCAAUCUGCAAGAGGCAGGAAUCCAUUGUGCUCAGGCAGGGAGAUGGAGUAACUCAUGUCUAACACCUACAAAAGGGGUGCUAAGCUAGUCAGCCAGUGGCAUACUAACCCCCUCCUCCCAUAAAGGCUUUGGGUACUAGUACAAACUGGGGAGAAAAUGACUUUCAAAGUAGAAACAAAAGGCCUUAAGCCCUAGCUAUGUAUCCCACUAUACUUUCUUCAGCCCCUUCCUUACCUCUUGCUGAAUUCGGUCCUGCUGAGCCAUAAUGGCUUCAUCAUAGGCCAGACAGUUAACACCUAUAAAAAGGAAAAAAGUGCCAAGAGUUACUGUGAGACCUACUGCAGAUAGCUGAGGCAGGAGAGCAGGCUGGGAAUCUAGAAGUUUGUCUCUUACACCCUGCUCCACCCCACUAUGUAAUCUUGGCAGCAUUUCUCAUUUGGGUUUACAUUUCAUCUUUAAAAUGAGAGAUUGAGGCACAAGGUGACGCAUGCAUCUGUAGUUCAUUUGCACUGGCUGGAGGCCCUGGUGCACCCA